GAAAAAUAGAAUGAGUAACUUUAGUUUCUCUCUCUCUCUAUCUCUACAGGGGUAUUUUAGUAAUUACACCUGCGCUCGCCUGUAAAUGCUUAUUUAUAAAAGCAGAAGAUAAUCGCAGAGACAAAAGCCGUUGCUGAUGUAAAAAUUCUGAAUGGAGCAACAGCCACAGAGCGCCGCCGAAGACGACUCAACCGCUACCACAAGCUCCGCCGAUAAGCCCGCAGCUACACGCGGCGGCACGCGCCACCCCCUCUUCCGCGGCGUGCGUAAGCGCCGCUGGGGUAAAUGGGUCUCCGAAAUUCGGGAGCCGCGUAAGAAGUCGCGCAUAUGGCUCGGCUCCUUUCCUGCGCCGGAGAUGGCGGCGAAAGCCUACGACGUCGCCGCCUACUGCCUCAAAGGCCGCAAGGCGCAGCUCAACUUUCCCGACGAGGUGCACCACUUGCCACCGCUCCCGCCGCCGUCAGCCUGCACGGCCAGAGAUAUUCAAGCCGCCGCGGCCAAGGCGGCGCACAUGAUGAUGGUCAAGGUCGCCGCCUCUUCCUCGCCGGAGAAGAGCAGCAUUGCUUCCGACGGCGACGGCGACGAUUUUUGGGGCGAGAUAGAGCUGCCGGAGCUCAUGAACAGCAAGUGGUGGACUUCCUACGGCGACAUCACGGUGUUGCCGGAGGUUGAGCUUCCACCGCAGCAACCUUUCACGACGGCGUGUUUAUAGUGUGUAAUAAUAACUUAUAAUGCUCUUGUGCUCUCCUUUGCUUUUGUGUUCUCAUCACAAUAAUAAUUAUAACUAUUAUGAUUAGUAGUUGUAGUAAUAAUAAUAU